AUGCGCUUGGUUGUACCUUUCCUCGCUGCUGCCGGCCUUGCCAGCGCAGGACUGCUAGAGACAGUUGUCAAGAGAGAUGACACCUGGGGUGGUAGUGUCUCGCUCGGUCCCUCCAAGUCCACUAUCGUCAACGCUGUCACAACUCUGAUCCCCGGAGCUGCCCCAGAGACCCAGAACGGUGUGCUAUUCCUCUGGCCUGGAAUGUCCAACGGAACUGGUGACCUAGUCCAGACUACCCUGGAAAGCUGGUCGAGCAACGCAUGGUGCGGAGCAAGCACCGGCCAGUGGUGUGUGCGCGCCAGUGUCUUUGGCAGCUUUGGCCAGCUCGAUGGCCCUGGAUCACCUGUGAGCGGAACCGACGAGGUGCGAAUUGAGUACAACCUUGAGUCCGAUGGACAGACCUGGAAGCAGACUGUUACAAAUGGCAAGACUGGUGCUGAACUUUCCACUUACUCCCACGAAUCUGGACCCUACAUGCGAGGAUACGGCACCGGAACUGAGUGCAACAACAACUGCUCGGGAACUAUCGCUCCGCAGAAAUAUUUGAACACUGUUAUCACUCUGGCCUCAGCUGAUACUACCUUUGGCUCGACGAUUUCUAGCGCGGGUGGUGCUACCUACACUGAAGUUUCAUCCAGCCAGGGUGGAAAGGUAUGGACUAUCAAGCAGAUUGACAUUCCCGCGAUGAAUUGA